CCUGAAAGUACUUGACAUAGUAUUUCGUCCCUGGCUGUAUGCUGUAGACACAUUUGUAUGCAAAUGCCAAACGGUGGUUCGUCUUGGUUUUUCAGGUUUAUUUGCUUAUGUUUUAUUAAUUUUUUUUUAUUUUAUUUAAUUUUAUUUAUUUUUUUUAAUCGUGGGGUAAGUCUUUUGAGAUUAAAACUUCGGCCCCUCUCGUUGACUUCUCUGGUCUGCCACACUCCCUUUGCGAGUCGAUUACUGAAUCGAUUUAAUGCCAAUUUAUGUAACUUUCGGGCAGCGUUUUUAGUUCGAUCUCUGUCUCUACUUUGAUCUCAACACUCGCGUUGCGUCGUGACUCAAUUUCAAAAUAAACUGUUUAAAAUUAAACAAAUUUUCGUAAUAAACUAAAGCUUUAGAGCAGCACAAAAGCACAUUAAAGUGGGUCACAAAAUGAGUACAACAAAGUGAAGUAAAAAUUAAUACUUUACAAGUGCAGGCAAAGAGUCGACUUACAUUGAACUCCUGGGGACACUUCCACAUAGUUGGAAGCUGAAGCACGCAGUUGACUUUCAAAAGUGUCAUUAAAAUCUAUGAAAAAUCGCAGUUAGCGAAAAAGUUGCUGUAGCAGCAUUGAAGUCGCCUAGGAGCAACAAGAACAACAAUCACAUCUCAAAAUGCUUCUCAAGGUAUUUUUACUGGUCUUCAUCGCCACCCACCACUUGGUAGACUCAGCGGGUCCCCUUUCCAAUAUAGCCAGCGAAAGUAAACCAAAAUCGUUCGAGGAGAUUUUGCCUUCGGCGGUUCCCUUUGAGACCUCACACAAACAUCCGGGUGCCGGGGAGUGGGUGGAGGGAUUUCAAACCUCCCAUAAAAUAAGCAUAAGGGCCACCGAUUCCGCUGACUAUUCGAUGAAUCUGCUGCCUACUAAAGAGCGACCCGAAUUGAACCCCGUUUUGAGUGCACUUAUCAACGAAGAUGUUAUGAAGAGCAUCGAGGCCAAAAGAGCCAUAGAAGAAGAGGAGCUGGCCGAGGUUAGGCGUGAAAUUGAGCAGGCCGCCGUGUUAGAGUUGGCCCAGAAGAGGGGCUUUACCACUACUGAGACACCUGCUCUUCUGUUGACGACUUUGCCCACAGCUGGCAAGAAGCUCGAUAACUUGGAUGAGGACAUAGUCCUGGAUCCUCACGAAGAUUUUAUCAACCAAAAUUUUGCCCUGGAGAGUGCGGGUAGUGAGAACAGCAAGAAAUCCCGAAUAGAGAUUAAAAAGGGACCCAAUGGCCAGGACUACGAGUACGAGUAUGUCUAUUACUAUGAAGAGGACGAUGACUCAAGCAAGGUGGAUCCAUCUGCAGAGCCCGACACGCGUGGUAAGACUAGAUAUACCAAUAUCGAGAGGAGCACGACGGCCACUCCGAGUGGAAAUAGCCUACAGAGUGACAAGGCCAAAGGAAGAUCAUCUGAUACCUCUGAAGAUAUAGAGGCUGAACGGCUUCCGAUGAUCACUCGGUUUCCCAGUCGUGGCAAGAACAUUGAAGUGCCACCAACAGCAGCUCUUGAUUCUUUGGAAAUCGCUGCCGAGCGCAAGAAGAUUAGUGUUAAGCGCCCCAGUUUGGAGUUGGUGGAUAGUGCUACCUUCAACACGGAUGAGAAACAGACCAAGGCAGCUCGCAAGGGUGAAAAUGAAUUAAAACCAGUAAUUGCUAUCGAACAGGAGGAGGCAGCCAGAAAGAAAAUGCAACAGGUUAAGGAGGAGCAGGCAAGGAAAGAGAAGGAGACCGAAAUGUCAAUCGAUCAGGAGGAUUUUGAGCAGACCACGCCGUCCAUGGAGAAGGCCGCUCUAGAUCUUUAUGCCAUAUUGACCAAUGAAAACCUCAAUAACGAACAAACUACUGUAAUUCCGGAUACCGUAGGUUCAGAGGGUUUCACCACUUUGGCAACAGAAACUGCAAGUACUGAUGAGGAUGAGGCCGGUGUCAUGACCACGCUGAUUAAUGAGAUUUCAUCGAGUACCAGCACCACUACGACGGCAGCAACAACCACCACGACUACAACAACAACGGAACCACCUACAACAACCUCCACCACUACAACAACCACGGCUGCUCCCUCUCUUUUUGGUGGAAGGAGAGCCGGCUUGAGUGGUUUGGGCGGACGUAAUCGCUUUAAGUUAACCAGGGCUGAAGGUGGCAGCACCACCACUAGCACCACUGAGGCAUCGGUGGCUGCAGAAACAAACAAGACUGGUAGAAAUCGUUUUUCGCGCCCCUCGAUAGGAGGGCGUUCUCGACCCGGAGCUCGUACCACCACAGCACCAGAUGCCACAUCAGUAGCUGCCCCUGACGCCGAGGAGGGUAUAGUGGUUGCCAAGGAAGUCAAGCCUGUCAGUACGUCCUUCGCACGAGGAAGACCUCGCAACCGCUUCAGCUUGCGCGUCUCAACCACGACUGCGCGACCCAGCGAGGAAUCUCCAGCUGAAGAUGACGCCCCCGCCGAAUCUUCAUCAACGACUACAAGAAGCACAUUGAGGGGUCGUCCCGGACUUGGAUUACGUGGACGCAGUCGUACAACCACUACAAAGGCACCCGCUAGUUCAGAGGGUGCCGAAGCGGUAGAGCCUAAUGCCACUGCUAGUUCCGAAGACGUCAAGUCCGGGUUGAUUUCGCCUUCUACCGGGGAAUCAGGGCGUCCGUCCCGUUUUAACAUUCACCGCGCUGGUAGCAAUCGUCUGUUAUCCCGCGGAAAACUGGGAAGAUCGGGAGUAAGCACGGAAGCACCCAAGGAAAGUCAAACUGCCGAGGAUUCCGCCGCCGAAAGCAGUAGUCACCUCAACGACGUCAAAGAGGAGCAGAUGUCCGCUGGCGAGUUUAGCGAAAAGACGAACGAAGCAGGUGAUUCCGCUGCCGUCGUUCCAGCGGCUCCUGUAUCCGGGUUAAAUCGUCUUAGAACUCGACCACGUCUCAACGCCCUAACGCAUAAGACUGAUGCGGUUAAGCCUAAGGCAUCCGCAGCCCCCGCCCCCGCGCCAAGGAAGAUUAAUCCUCUGUUGGCAAAGCGACGACUCCAACUGGGAGCCACUUCCACCACAGAGUCCCCCGCUGAGGAGGAGCAUUUAGCGCUGGACUCCUCCGCGGAGCAGUCCGACAAAGAGGAGUCGUUUGCCGGAGGAAGCAACGAGACGGGCGGAGAAGGCCCCGGAAAGCCGGAGCAUGAAACUACGGAAGCGACGGAGGCAACAACUAAGCAGCAGCCCCGCGGUCUUGGACUUUUAGGACAGCGUCGUCGUCUGCCGCUCCGCAAACCCGGAACGAUCCUGUAAAACAACAAAUUGCCAUCUACCCGUUUGAAUCCUGUAAUAAUAACUUGCCCAGAUUUGCUGCAGCAUACUCCUAGAGUUGGGCUGGGUGGCCCACACAAGCGAUAAUAACAUUUAACAAUUGUUUGAUAUAUGUACUUUUUUUUAAGUUUUUUUCUCCUCGUACUUGCCUUCCAAAAACUCGUUAGCUUUGUACACAUACGCCUUUAAUUAAAAUACUGAUAGAUGCGUACCACUUACGUCAUUAGAAAAAGUCACCAAAAGGAAAAAUAUGGACGACACAAGAACGAGGAGAUCUAAGCCACUCGUAGACCACUAAGCACAAAAUACCCGAAAAAUAUAACUGAUAUGAUUGCCAACUACCCUGCGACUAUGUAAACCCAACCUUCCCCCCUCCUUUACCCUCUUAUUCAAAUCGACGCGUGUGUAGAAGAUACACUUAUUAUAUUUUUUUUCUGAGAUACAAUUAUAAACACAAAAACGACUUUUAACUAUAUAUUAAAUAAAAACAAAAGGAAAAACAUAAUAAUUUAAUUAAACACUUUUUUGACUUGAUUCGGUAGGGUGCAUUAUUUGAAUAAUAUUUUUAUUGAUCUAUCCUAAAGACGUUUUUUCUUGAAAAUGAACACCAGCGUGAAAUACUUCAUUGUUUGUCCCAAGCUUAGCCUUGAUUACUCCAAUUAAAGUUAUCUACAUGUCUUUUUACAUCAACUUAUUUUGUAUAUGGUAGCCAAAUAUUUAUCUGGCAUUACGUUAUUUGUUGAGGCCAUUUAAACAAAAUGAUGUCAAGAGUAAUGAAUGCAGUCAAUAAAUAUGUACCCAAUAUGCUUAUAU